CGAGUAUUGAAAAAAUUGUAUCGCUUGUAAUUUUUCAAACAUUUAAAAUUUUAAAAUCCAAGACAUCCAUGUUGAUUAAGUUAGAGAAAGUUUGAUACCAUCUUGCAAGUAAGAAUUAGGAACAUUAAGUAAGUAUUAGGAACUAUAUUUGGUCAUGGACAAUGCGGAAGUUAAUCGUACGGAACAUUCAAUUGAAUUAGAGAGCCAAACUCAGCAUAUUCAAACGAAUGAAUCCCGAGAUAUGACAAUGGAUAGUUCAUAUGGUAUUGGAUAUCGCUCCCCAUGCAUUCGAAUGUCUUCUCCUGGUCAAGGACGAACUGUAAGAGAAUAUGAAGAACAAAUGGAUGCAUUGAGAAAAGAAAACUUCAAUUUAAAACUUAAAAUAUAUGUUUUGGAAGAAAAAUUGCCUUCAGUUGGGGAAGUCAGUACGCCGGAAGGACAAGAAUCGUUAAUGAAACAAUAUGUUGAAAAUAAAGUAGACACAGAAAUUUUAAAAAAUGAUUUAGAAGAGAAAAAGGAACUAUUACGUGAAGCCGCGGCUGCCAUAAACCAUUUGGAGAAUAUGCUUAAAGAGGCAGAUAAAAGAAAUCUACAAAUAGUAGAUGAACUUAAGCACAGAAUUCAAUAUUUGGAACACGAAAAUAAAAUGUUAAAUAAGAGCAAUAAAAAUAAUAGUAAAAAUUUUAUUUCUGAUGACGAAGAUUCAAAAACAACCGAUAAUAUUUUAAAAGUCCAAGAAUUGGAAAUUUCCGCUAAAAAUUCUGAAGAGAAAGCUAAAGAACUUUCAAUUCAAAUGGAGAAUUUGAAGGAAGAAAUUUUUGAAAAAAAUAGUACUUUAGAAGAAUAUAAAAACUCAAAUCAAAAACUAAAAUUGGAAGUUUCUGAUUUAAAAGAAGCUGUAGAAAUUAAAGAAAAAAUGAUCAAAUCAAAUGAUGCUAAAAUAAUACAGAAUAAACUAGAUAAAUGUAGGUCAGAAUUAGCCGAUAAAAUAUGUGAGUUAGACGAGCUGCAAGAAAAAUUUGCCAAGCAAAGCGAAGAGUAUGAAAAGGCUUUAAAAUAUAUCGAAAAGUUAAUUAAAGUAACAACGGCUUUGCAAUCGGAAGUUGAAGAAUUAAAAAAAGAUUUGGAUAAGGAAAAUAAAAGCAACAUUUCAAACAAAAAUUUUUCUCGUUCAAGUGAUAAAAAAAUGCAAAAUAAAAUUGAAGCUCUUUCAAAACAACUAGUAACUGUUACUGAAGAAAUUCAAGAUAAAAAUAUACUUCUUGAAAAAUUUAAACUCGAUGCUGAACUAGCACGAAACGAAACAGAAAGAGCUUAUAAAAUAAAUAAAGAAUGUAAUGAAGUGUGCAACAUUUUAACUGUAAGAUUAGAAGAAUUGGCGGGCUUUUUAGACUCGCUUCUUAAACAAAAAGAUAUACUAAAUAUGAUUGCACCGGAUAAAAAAAGAGAAAUUCAAGAUGCGGUAAAUAAAUCUUUAGAUUUAUCCCGCAGUCUUACAGCUGAAUCCUUAUCUAUAACUAAUUUGUCAUUCGAUGAAACAAACUUAGCACAAUUAAGUAAUUUAACUGGAAUAUUGGAAAAUUCUCAUAUAGCAGAUAAAUUAAACAUUUCCAAAGAUAAACACAUGUUCGAAUUAAAACGUAAAUUGGAAUCACUUAGAGAAAAGAGAGUGACAACAUCUUUUACUAAAUUAGAAACAAAAAUCAUAAAUAAAAAUAACAUUAGUUUACCUAUAGCUACAUCUGAGCAGUCUGAGUUUGAAGUUUGGUCUGAGUCUCAUAGAAAUGUGUCUUUUGUUCGAACUGGAUUAACUCAUCCUAUCAAGUUACACGAUUCCAAAACUCAAAUUCAGAAUGAAAGUGAGAGCGCCUGUUUGAAGCACAACUCUAACAAUACUUUGCCAAUUAGUGAUAUAGAAAAUAAAGUUAAUGAUAAUGCCGCACAAUAUGAAAAAAUUAUAGCUGACAAAGAUAAUAAAAUUCUAGAAAUUCAGUGCCAACUAGUAGAAACUGAUAAUAGUUUGAAAAAGCAAAGCAUUUUAUUAGCAGAAACAAUAAGCGAACUCGAAAGAAACAGCGAUAGAAUGAGAGGUUUAGAAAUAGAACUCGAAACUUUUAAAAGUAGUGUUUGUGUAUUAAAAGCUAACGAGAAAAGUUUGAAACAAGAAUUGGAGACAAUGAAUGAUCAGUUUAAGAAAAUACAAGAAGAAAGGGAUAAAUUAUCUGAAAAGCUCGUUGAAUCAGACUUAUUAGUAAAAAAACUGAAGGUCGAAGCAGAAGAAGCUGCACGAAUAUAUGAGGAAAAUUUAGAGAGAGUUAAACAAGAUGAAAGUAGCCGCUUUAAAGAACUACAACUUGAAUAUCAAGAAAAAAUAAAUGAGAAAUUGCACGAACUGAAAUUUCAAUAUGAAGAAACACUAAAUAAAGAUUGGGUUCAAAAAGCAGAGUAUAUACAACUUUUAGAACGAACAAAGGUUUUAGAAUCGAAUCUAAAAAAUUACCAAGAUUUAUCUCAAAAAUUAAAGGAAUCUGAGUUAAACUUUAAAGAAAAAUUACUAAAAAGUGAAGAUAUUAUUAAAAAUUUAGAAGAAAAUGUAAACGAACACUUGUUCGCACUAUCCAAUUCCACACUCGAGAAAAAUAAAAUAAACAACGAAAAAAUAAAUUUAGAAAAAUACGUUCAAGAAUUAUUGGAAAGUUGUAAAACGUUACGGAAUGAAAAUAAUCUACUAAUUGACCAAGUUAAUUUAUUUUUAAAUAAACAAUGUGGAAUACAAAGUAAUGAAGAAAAUAUUGGUACAGAUUUUGAAGAAAAUCGAAGGCUAGAAAUUAUUUCCCCAGAUCUAGGAAUCGAAAGUGAUACUGGGCGUACUGCGAAUGAUGAUGUAAAUGAGACUAACAAACAAAAAAAUGAACAAACAACAACGAAUAAGGUGGUAAAAGGAAUUGAAAGUAAUAACAGCAAUAAAAACGAAAAUGGUGCGAAUAUUUGUGAUUCAAAACUUCCAACUGGUCAUAAGUGUCAAGAAAUUUAUAAGGAAAAUCUGAAAUUACGUGAGAAAUAUAAGCUUGUUGCUAAAAUGAAUAAAGAUAUGUUAAAAAUAAUAAAGAAGAAACAUGACAACAUGGAGCAAUUUGAACGUAAUAUUAUGAUUCAAAUCCAAAAAACUAAUGUAGUUUUAGAAUAUGCUCGAAAUAAUUUUACAAAUAAUGCAAAACAUAAUAAUAGCGAGAAUUGAAAUAUAGAGCCAAAAUUAAAUAGGAAAAUAUAAAUUUACGCAAAUUUUUAUUUACAAAUGAGUAUUAGAAAUUUUAGCAAUUUUUUUUAAAGAAAGAAUUAAUUUAACAAAUAAUUUACAUACUUCAAAUUUUUU